AUGAUUGAUUCUCCUACAGUUGCUGGUGCUACAACAUCUGCUACCUCUAUGCUGUCUGUCCUAUCAGAUGACCAACUGGAGGUCAUCUUGCCUCGUUUAUCUAAUUCUUCUACACCUUCUGCUAAUUCGAUUCCUGAGCCCAAUACACCUUUUCAUUUUAAGGUAGCCCUUGGAAAGCCUGAGUGGCAACAAGCCAUGUCUGAAGAAAUUCAAGCCCUUCAUCAACAAGGCACUUGGACUCUAGUUCCUUCUCCUUCUAAUACAAACAUUGUAGGGUGCAAGUGA